GUGAGAAGGAAGGGGAAGCCGGAAGGGGCGCGAGUGAAGCAAAGCGAGGAAAGACAGCUCCCGAGAGGGCGAGGGGUGCGUGUGCGGCCGCUUCUCACCUCAGGUUUCCCCUCGGCCCCGCUGCCCUCCUUCGCGGCUGGGUGACAGCUGGGUCUGGUCCGUCGCUGGGUGCCUGGGGCGCGAGGAUCGCGCACCCCGUCUUCGCGCGCGGUGCUCGCCGCCCCGCCCCCUCGUCCCGCCCGUCCCGUCGCGUCGCGUCCCGUCCCCUCGGGUGCCGCCAGCCGGGUGCUGAUGCGAGUCGGUGGCAGCGAGGACAUUUUCUGACUCCCCGGCCCCUAACCCGGCUGCACUUUCCAUCCUGUCGCGGGGCCGGCCGCUACUCCGGCCCCAGGAUGCAGAAUGUGAUUAAUACUGUGAAGGGAAAGGCACUGGAAGUGGCUGAGUACCUGACCCCGGUCCUCAAGGAAUCAAAGUUUAAGGAAACAGGUGUAAUUACCCCAGAAGAGUUUGUGGCAGCUGGAGAUCACCUAGUCCACCACUGUCCAACAUGGCAAUGGGCUACAGGGGAAGAAUUGAAAGUGAAGGCAUACCUACCAACAGGCAAACAAUUUUUGGUAACCAAAAAUGUGCCGUGCUAUAAGCGGUGCAAACAGAUGGAAUAUUCAGAUGAAUUGGAAGCUAUCAUUGAAGAAGAUGAUGGUGAUGGCGGAUGGGUAGAUACAUAUCACAACACAGGUAUUACAGGAAUAACCGAAGCAGUUAAAGAGAUCACACUGGAAAAUAAGGACAAUAUAAGACUUCAAGAUUGCUCAGCACUAUGUGAAGAGGAAGAAGACGAAGAUGAAGGAGAAGCUGCAGAUAUGGAAGAAUAUGAAGAGAGUGGAUUGUUGGAAACAGAUGAGGCUACCCUAGAUACAAGGAAAAUAGUAGAAGCUUGUAAAGCCAAAACUGAUGCUGGCGGUGAAGAUGCUAUUUUGCAAACCAGAACUUACGACCUUUACAUCACUUAUGAUAAAUAUUACCAGACUCCACGAUUAUGGUUGUUUGGCUAUGAUGAGCAACGGCAGCCUUUAACAGUUGAGCACAUGUAUGAAGACAUCAGUCAGGAUCAUGUGAAGAAAACAGUGACCAUUGAAAAUCACCCUCAUCUGCCACCACCUCCCAUGUGUUCAGUUCACCCAUGCAGGCAUGCUGAGGUGAUGAAGAAAAUCAUUGAGACUGUUGCAGAAGGAGGGGGAGAACUUGGAGUUCAUAUGUAUCUUCUUAUUUUCUUGAAAUUUGUACAAGCUGUCAUUCCAACAAUAGAAUAUGACUACACAAGACACUUCACAAUGUAAUGAAGAGAGCAUAAAAUCUAUCCUAAUUAUUGGUUCUGAUUUUUAAAGAAUUAACCCAUAGAUGUGACCGUUGACCAUAUUCAUCAAUAUAUACAGUUUCUCUAAUAAGGGACUUAUGUUUAUGCAUUAAAUAAAGAUAUGUUCCACUACCAGCCUUACUUGUUUAAUAAAAAUCAGUGCAAAGA